UGUUUGUGUUCAGAGGCACAGGGUAAUCCGUCUCGCUAGUUGAGAACAGUAACAAGUGAAACCGAAAAAAUACAUGCUGUCUCCGGUAUGGACUUUAAGAACAGCCGAUAUGGAAGGUUCAUGAAUGGCAGAGUUCCAUCCAGUAGGAGAUACCAGCCUACAGACUACGAACACGCUGCCAACUGUGCCACACAUGGACUCUGGAUCAUCCCCAGCCUGGUGGGCGGGUCUGUACUCUACUUCCUGUCUGUGGACCAAUGGCAGGCUGCUGCUGCCUGGUUGUACGGGGCGGGGCUUAGUGGUCUAUUCAUCUCCUCCACUCUGUUUCACACCGUGGCCUGGAAGAUCAGACACCUCAGUAGAGUGGAGCAGCGUUUCCACAUGUGUGACAGAAUGGCCAUCUACUUCUUCAUCGCUGCUUCCUACACCCCCUGGUUGAUGCUGAGGGAGUUGGGUCCGUGGUCGAGUCACAUGCGAUGGAUUAUCUGGAUCAUGGCAGUUAUCGGCUCCACAUACGUCUUCUACUUCCACGAGAGGUACCACACACACACACACUCACGCGCACGCACGUACACACACACACCACUCUCCCUGAUGUUAAUAAUCUCAGGUGAUGUCACUCCCUGCAGGUAUAAACUGUUGGAGUUACUAGGAUACGUGGCCAUGGGGGCGGGGCCUGCACUUGUCAUCCUGUCCAUGGCGGACAGGGCAGGUUUGUGUGAGCUGGCGGUGGGUGGGAUUUUCUACGUAGUGGGUGUGGCCUUCUUUAAGAGCGAUGGAGUCGUCCCGUUCGCUCACGCCAUCUGGCACCUGUUCGUUGCCAUGGGAGCAGCUACACACUACUACGCUAUCUGGAGACACCUGUACACACCUGGACACUGAGACACACACCUACCGUGGUGCUAGCUAAACAUGGAUCUGGUCCUGGACACUGAGACACACACCUACCGUGGUGCUAGCUAAACAGGGAUCUGGUCCUGUACACACCUGGACACUGAGACACACACCUACCGUGGUGCUAGCUAAACAUGGAUCUGGUCCUGUACACACCUGGACACUGAGACACACACCUACUGUGGUGCUAGCUAAACAUGGAUCUGGUCCUGUACACACCUGGACACUGAGACACACACCUACCGUGGUGCUA